AUGCCAUUGGCCCCUCUUAACGGUGAUCCGGGUUUGAUUACUACGUUCGUAGAGCGUUGGCGACCCGAGACAUUGACCUUCCACAUGUCGUUCGGUGAGGUGACGAUCACUUUAGAGGACGUUGCGACACUAACCGGUAUAGCAAUCGAUGGUGAUGUCGUCGUAGUAGACAUACCAGACCAGGACUAG